AUGCAAAUCUUUGUAAAAACUCUUACCGGCAAAACCAUCACACUUGAGGUUGAAAGUACUGACACCAUCGACAAUGUUAAACAAAAAAUCCAAGAUAAGGAAGGUAUUCCUCCGGAUCAGCAACGUUUGAUUUUCGCUGGUAAACAGGAAUCCACUUUACAUUUGGUUUUACGUCUUCGCGGUGGUAUCAUUGAACCAUCUCUUAAAGCCUUGGCAUCAAAAUAUAAUUGUGAAAAGAUGAUUUGUCGUAAAUGUUACGCACGUUUACCUCCUCGUGCUACUAAUUGUCGUAAGAAGAAGUUUGGUGGUUAUAGAUAG